AUGUCUGACCCCUACGCAAACCAGCACUAUAACCAAUACGGCGGACAGCCCGGCUAUGGACAUCCCCAGGGCCAGCCUGGUGGUUAUCCCCCACAGGGCCAGUAUGGCCAGCCUCCGCAGCAGCAGGGCUACUAUCCCCCAAUGGGCCAACAGUCUCCCGACCCCGGAUACGGCGGUGCCCCUCCCUACGGACAGCAAGGGUAUCCUCCCUAUGGCGGACCUCCGCAGCACGGUGGAUACCCCCAGGAUCACAACUACGGACAAGACCGCGGACAUUCCCCCUACCCUCCCCAGCAACAAUCGCACGGCGGCGAGAGCGCAUCGUACUAUGGCGGUGCCGCCCCGUCCGGACACGCCCCCCAGUACGGCCAAGAGCCCAUGCCUGGCGCGGAAGGCGAACGUGGCCUCGGCUCUACGUUGAUCGGCGGUGCUGCAGGCGCGCUUUUGGGAAAUAAGCUGGGCCACGGCAAGAUGGCGACCGCAGGCGGCGCACUGGCUGGCGCUGUGGGCCUGAACAUGGCCAACAAAGCACACAAGAAGCACAAAAAGGGCAAGAAGGAGAAAAAGCACAAGGGCCACAAGCGCGGUGGUUCCAGCUCCAGCUCCAGCUCGUCGAGCUCUGACAGCGAUUAG